CUUUCAAAUCAUGUGAUCGCUUGUUCCAGCUCGUCUCAUCACCAGACAUGACAGUGCAGGUAUCAUUAUGUUGACAGGCUGCAGGAGUCAUCAGCCAACAUGAGGCUGAGCCAUCACUGUUGACAUCCAAUCAGCUGCGGGCUGAUGGGAUUGGACGAGCAAUCAAAGUGUUUUUCCUCUCGCACCCCUGGAUACCUGGAGCAGCCGAGCACAGAUCUGCGUUGUAACAUUGGGGCCUCCAGCUGUUUGUGAUGGAAAACCUCCGCUGCUUUGCAAACCGCUUCUCUGACUACAGCGGUGCGCUGCUGCCGGGCCAGGGCGCGCAGGCCGUGGUGCCAGCCGUCAUCGCCACCGUGGACAAGAUCCUGAAGAAGGUCCCCAUCGACAUCAGCGACUGCGACGGAGGGCUGUACGACGGACCGGCCGGGGUGGCUUACAUGCUGUAUCAUGUCAGCGAGUGUCCGCUGUUCUCCGAACAGCGGGACGUGUAUCUGAAGGCGGCCAAGCAGAUCAUCGACGUGUCGGUCAGAUAUGUGGACGCGGAGCCGGACACAAACAUGCGCGCCGCCUUCCUGCUCGGCGGGGCGGGCAUCUACGCGGUGGCCGCUAUGAUCUAUAAAUCUCUGGGUCUGGCUGAUUUCGUUAAGCCGCUCACCAAAUUUCGUAACCUGUGGGAGGUGUGUGCGCCCAUCAAUUUUCUGGAGUGCGGCUCGGAUGAGCUGUUCGUGGGGAGGGCUGGGUACCUGUGUGCCGCCCUGGUCCUCAAACAGAAGCUGGGGAUAGAGAUUCUGAGCAAGGAUCAAAUCAAAUCAAUCUGUCAGGCCAUAAUUGAGUCUGGAAAACAAUAUGCCAGGAGGAAGAGGAAGCCUUUCCCCCUCAUGUACUCGUACUAUGGAACUGAGUAUCUUGGUGCAGCCCACGGCCUCUCAUCCGUGCUGCAGAUGCUGCUGAGCUACCAGGACGUGCUCAGUGCGGCAGAGAAGGACCUGGUGUGGCAGAGCGUUGAUUUCCUCAUGAACCAGGAGCAGAACUGUAACUGGCCCGCUGAGCUGGGCGCCAUCAUCCAGAGGGAGAACGAGCUGGUGCACUGGUGCCACGGAGCCCCAGGUGUGGCGUAUCUUUUUGCCAAAGCCUACCUGAUCCAUAAGAAGCCCCAGUAUCUAGACACAUGUAUCCGUAGUGGGGAGCUUGUGUGGCAGAAGGGUCUGCUGAAGAAGGGACCUGGGAUUUGUCACGGAGUUGCAGGCAGCGCUUACGUCUUCCUCCUGCUUUAUCGGCUCACAGGCAACUCCAAGUACAUGUACCGUGCUCAGAGGUUUGCAGAGUUCAUCUUCACUGAGGAGUUUAAGACAGGCUCCCACUCAGUGACGAGUGUCUACAGUCUGUUUGAAGGCCUGUCGGGGACUGUUUGUUUCCUGGUCGACCUCCUGCAGCCAGACCAGUCAGAGUUCCCGCUGUUCAGCAUCUUUGUGUGAAUGGAGCCUGGCUUACCGCUGCUCACUGACCUGAACAGACACCUUUCCUUCCCUCUGAUCCCUCAAGAGCUGGUAUUGGUAGAAGCAUUAAGAGCCUGGAUUUAGACUGAGAUUGGAGUGGGAGUGGAGGGAUGGAUGGUAUUUGUUUGGGGAUUUAGAAAAUCACAUUUGAGUACAGCUGAAAAUGGUCUUGUUUUGUGUCUAUACUAAAAGUGGAUGAUCAGCUUCCAGGCUUUACCAGAUUCACACCACUCACUGUAACGUUACCCUUUUCAAUUUACAAUGACGGCUACUACUAAAGCAAGGGUUUUUAAACUGCGGGGCGAAGAUACUGCCUGACACUUCUUCCUAAAGUACAGCGCACGAGCAAACUCUGGUGGAUGGAAAACAAAAUAUUGUCCAUUAUCACUGUGAUGUCCAUCCCAAAUGAAUAUCCAUAAAUCUUGGCGCACCUUAUAACUUAUAGAUAGGCUAAAUCCAUGUCUGCACUAGCAACAGGAACUGCUAAUAGGUUAUUCAGCAUAUUUGUAAUGUUGCUGAUUUGGCAGAGACAAAGUAGUUGUCAUGAUUUUGCCUUGCAGACUUUGAAAACCCCUGUGAUUAAGUACUGACGGUUUUGAAAAGAGGUAAUGCUGCUGAUGUUGAUUGAAAUUGCAGCAUAUGAAGAUGUAGAAGAUGCUGCCCUCAGGACAGAAACACACACAUACAAUUGUCCUCCUCCAACAAAAGGACCCCAUAGGUCGUUUGUACAAGCAGCUUGUUACGGCAAUGGAUGUAUUGUUAGAUCUGGAUACUGGACCCUAAGAUGGCGUCUGUUCAGUCUAAAGAGAACUGCUUGCCUGGCGCAUAAAAUUUUUAGCUUGGGUUUACAGUAUGCACUCCACUGAAUAUUUGCAGUAGUGUUUCUCCUGCUGGCUCCAACUGCGACUUCCAGCUAGGCUCAUACACUUUACAUUGUGAUGACAUCACAGAUUUUUUAAUCACUUUUCUCAGCUUGAGGAAACUUUUACAAAUAUAAA